AUGGCCGUAGGCACCCGGCCCGAGCCUCUCGCCCGCUUCCUCCACGGGCUCGAGCCAAACGGCCGAGGCAGUCCUCGCCGCGCCCGGCCGCCGCCCGCGGCCGGGUCCCGGUCUCGGCGGGGCGAUCCGCCCCACGCCCCGAGCGCCCAGCGGCUCCCGCCGCCCGGGAGGGACCUGCCGGUGGCGCCCGGCCUGGGGGACCCACGGUCAACCCGGUUCUCCCUUCGUCUUCCGGGGCUCCGGGUUUACCUGGUGGCCGGCUAUCUCUCCGGGCGGAAAGUCACUCUCCGCGGCCGAGGAGGUGUCGGAAGCCAACCCGGCACGUCCGCCGCGCAGGCCAGGCGGCCGGACCCGAGCUUCGAGCGUCGGCGCCCCCCCGCUCUCCGGAGGAGGGGGAACACCCCGCCGGCCGCUGUCCUCCCGACCGAUGUGGCCCUGACGUUCGCGACGGAAGGGCUCUUCGCGGGCCGGCACCCGACGGUGGGGCCGUCCCGUGUUCAGGCGGAUCGACCUUUGCCUUUUCGCGCACCGAUCCCAGGGACCCACAUCGACUUCCGCCGUCCCAAGGGCGUCUCCUCGGUGGCGGGCGGGGACCGGGCGCGGCCCGGCUUCCCGCCCCGCCUCCGCUUUCCGCUGCCCGCACGGGCCGAGAUCUCCGCCGUGGCGAGGUCGAGGGGCUCCGCAGACCGCCCCAGGGGUCCGAAAUCAAACCCAGACGGCCGCGAGGCUCAGCGGGCCAAACACGGUCGCGAGAGCGAGCAGGGGCGCUGCGGUUCCUCGGGACCUCGUACCGCCUCUCGCUGGAGCCCCAGUACCCUCGCUGCCCUCCCGUCCUGGGUCGCCGACUGCUUUCUAGCGCCGCUCGAAGGCGCGGCGGCUGCUCCGAGCCGCGCCGCCACGCUCCAAUCGAGCGAAAGGGCCGCCGGAAAGAAAAGCGGGCGAAGGGUCGGGCUCGCGGGGCCCGCCGCCGCCCGGCUCCCGCCCAACUUCUUCGAUGCCGCCCGAGCGCCGGGAAGAAGAAAAGCAGCGCCAGGGCCCCGCUGCCGGACGCUCCCGGUGUCACCCGGAGCACCGUGGAAUGCGGGAGAGAGAGAUCGGAGGGAGGUGCCGGAGAAGGUGGGGUCGUCUCGACGGCUCCCGCGCCCGACUCGCCCUGUCUCGAGCUCUCCUCCCGCUGGUGGGCUGGCCCCGCGUUGUGUCACCCGGGCCGCCUGGGAAAGCGGGGACGGGGGCUCUCUUCGAGGCUCACCCCGCCUCUUCCGCCGCCCUUCCUCGGCGGCUCCCGGAGCACUCUGCCGGCGGCGGAAGAAGGGAGGGGCGGGGGCGGGUUUCGCCCUGCGCCGAAGCGCCACCCGGGCCGCCUUGGAAAGCGGGGACGGGGGCUCUCUUCGGAGGCUCACCCGACUCUUCCGCCGCCCUUCCUCGGCGGCUCCCGGAGCGCUCUGCCCGUGGCGAUUUCCGACCACCCCUCCUCCGUCCCCGCCCAGGAGCCGGGAAAAGGCUCGUCGGGGUCCCGAGGGCCCUCCGCCUCUUUCGUCCCCGCCCGACGUCCGUCCGGGCGGCCCGGGGUCCGAUUUUGGGGGAUCGCCAUCCCCGCCGGUCCGCCGCGCACUCCGCGCCGCUUCUAGCUGCGCCGCGGGCCCCGCCUCCUUCCUCCCGGGUGGAAGGAUCAUUACCGACCGAAAAGGCCGCCGCGGCCGGCCGGCUCGGGGGCCCACUUCGACGGCGGCGCCGGCCUCGAAACCAAGGCCUCGGCCCGCCUCGCGCGAUGGGACCCCGCGGCGGGUCCCGCGCUGGGAGCGCCGGGCGCCUCCGCGCGCUCGCGCUCGCCUCCCGGGCGGCCGGGAGGGGCGGAAGAGGAGGGAGGGGGUCUCUCCGUCCGUGCCGGUCCGCUGCCGACCGCCGCCUCGCGCGCCUUCCCGCCCCACCGUGUGCGUGUACCCGAGCCGCCUCCGCCCGCCCACCGAGGCGCUGCCCGCCCCGAGCGGUCUUGUUUCUUCCUCCGCCCACUCCGUCGCUGGGACCGCCUCCCGCCGCCGGGCGCGCGGGAACGGCGGGACCGGCCGGGCCCGGGCGCGGGAGGAGGGCGACCGAACUGCGGACGGGAGCUCGACGCGGGCGCGCGGCCGGGAUGGCGCCGCGGAGGCCCGGCGCCGCGCGCGCGAGCCCAGGGCGGCGGCCCCAGUCGCGCCCGCCUCCCGGCACGCCGGGUCGGAGGGAAACCUCGAUCCCCGGAGCGGGCGCGCCGUGGCAGCGGCUCGGCGCGCUUUCUGGGACGACGCCCCGAGGCGCCGCGGAGCCCGGCUGGCGGGUGCCGGGCACCACCUCCGCGUGCCGCCCGUCGCUGCCGCGCCGCCGCCCCGGCGGGUAGGCCGAGCGCGGCGGGGGGUACGCCCCAGCGGGAUUGGGAACCGUUUCUCAACCCAGGAGCCAGUUCAGACCCGAUGCCCCGGAGCGCCCGCUUCGGGGAGCUCGUCCCGUUCGCGGAGGAGCGCGGCGUCACGGCGGUCGGUCCCGUGCGCCCCCGUCGCCCCAUCCACUUUUCCCCACCCCACCCCGGUUUUUACCGCGUCGGUGGCGGGGGCGCGGGGGACGCUGCGCUGGCGGUCGUCGGGGAGCCGGGUCCGCCGUGGGUGCCGCUCCCGGGCGGGUCCCGAGGGGGAGACGGGCCUGCCUCGCGCGGCUGUCUGUGGCGACACGGCUGCCCGCUGUUCCCGGUCCUCCCUUCCCCGCCCGGGUUACGACGGUGCCCGGACCUGCCGGGCGCGGUCGGUGCGCGAGGGCGAGACUCCGCGCCAGGAGGAGGAGGGCGUCGGAAAGUCAGGAGAGAAGGAGGAGAGCGGGCGGCACGCGCGCGUGACGGUGGAGAGAAGCGGAGGAGGAGGAGGAGAGGCGAAGGAGAGGGUUUCGCGAGGGCGCCCAGGUUGCGAACCCGACCUCGCCCCACCACCACCCCACCCGCCGCAUCUGCUCCGUCCGCCGCCUCUGCCGGCCGUUUUUCUUCCUCUCCUGGCCGACGGCGCCCCGCUGCACUCCUGGCGCCGCCCGCCCCGCUUCGCCGCCCCGGCGCCCGCGGUGAUGCCUCGUUCCUCCGCUGGGCCGUUCUUCCUCCCGAGGGCGGUGGUGUUACGAAUCGCCUCUCCGGGGCCGGCGCUUCGCGGCGGCGUGAGUCUGCCCGGAGGAUUCAACCCGGCGGGUUCGGUCCGGCCCGGGACGACGGAUCCUCGCCCCGCCCCCGGGGCGCGGGUGUCGAGCGGGGACCGCCGCCUGGCCGGCCCCGGCCCCCGUCGGGCGCAUUUCCACCGAGGCGGUGCGCCGCGACCGCCCGGGUCGGCUGGGAGGGCCUCGGCGGGCAGGUGGCCGCUGCCGCGGGGCAGCGAGUGUUACAGCCCCGGGCCGCACCUGUCGCCGCCUCCCGGGGCCGAGGGAGAUGACCGCCGCCGCGCUUCCCCGCGGCCCCUGCUCACCAUCGGCCCCCUUCGCGGGGGCGGGGUGCGGGUUGCGUACGGGGCCGCCGUCGUGCCGGGACGGGCCCCUGCUCCCGGCGCGACUGUCAACCGGGCGGACUGUCUCAGUGCGCCCGACCGCUGCGCCGCCGGGCGGGAGGAGCCACGCCAGGGCGCCCGGGUCUGCGGCGAUGUCGGCCACCCACCCGACCCGCCUUGA